AUGACGCAUUCGGUUCCUCCGAAAGAUAACCCAGCACGUUGCUCGCAGCCUGAACGGCUCUCUGUCCUGCUUGUAAAUUGUCGCAGCAUAAAGAACAAAGUCGAUAACUUCAUGGCUUUAGUAGCCACUGUUAAACCUCAGAUUGUGAUGGGCACCGAAUCAUGGUUAGACAAGGAUAAACCUGAUUUAGAAAUCUUUCCGCCUGGUUUUACUGUCUAUCGGAAAGAUAGGCAUGGACAUGGCGGGGGAGUAUUCCUUUUGAUAUCAAAUGCAUUGUCAAGCACACAAAUUUUAUUUGAAAACGAUUCUGAGUCUGUAUGGUGCCUUGUGAAAUUGCCUAACGGAAACAAUGUAGUCUACGGGACAUUCUACCGCCCACCCGGCAGCAGCGACUCAUUCGGAUUGCUGUCUGAGAUGCUAUCUCUCCUGCCUAAUAGCGUAUUUCUAGGGGGGGAUUUCAAUUUGCCAGACUUCAACUGGAAUGCCGGAUGUGUGGCUGGCAAUAGGUCCCGUAUUUACACAGAGUUCGAAGAACUGCUCGGAUUAAAUGGAUUGCAGCAGUACGUACUGGAACCUACGGGAGUAAAUGCAAUUCUAGACUUAGUACUUUGCAAUAAGCCGAAGAUAAUAUCAAAAGUUACUGUUUGCCCAGCUGUUGCUUGCGCUCGGCUGCACGAGCCCGUUCUUGUGCCCGGGCUGCAGCAUCGGCACGGCGUAGAUGAGCACUUUCCCGGUUCUGCUCGCGGCGUUGCUGAUCGGAAGCUGCCUGCUCCUCAGGAGAUGAACCAACCCUAG